ACUAAGGUCACGUCACGAUGAACACAGAAGGACGGUUUAAAAACAGACUAAGGACGUUUUGGGGACAUUUUGUGAAAAUAAAGUUCAAAAGUGCCUCGCUCUCUGGGACACCAGCGGACGUUAUACUAUUUCUAGGUCUAGUGUUAAGUUUUAGUGUAAACAGGGUGGUCGCCAAUAGACCGCCGCGAUUUUUGAUGGACGGCCAACCAGAAAUCGUCUUAAGACUGAAAGAAGGCGAGGAAACUCCCAUAGGAUCGCUACUCUACUCCUUGAAAGGUUUUGAUCCGGACGACGACAAGCUAGAGUUUGGAAUCGUACCAAGUGCCGGAAGCAACGUCAUAAGAAUAGAAAACACCUCGAGUACCGAAGCAGAGGUGUACCUCGACAAACUGCUAGACAGAGAGGAACGUGACGAAUACGCGUUGGUCCUAACUCUGACUGACGGUCACUUGGGCCUAGGCAACUACAUCACUCAGAGCCUAUUGAUUCUCGUCGAAGAUGUCAACGACAAUACCCCUACGUUCAAGAAGCACCGAUCAUCCGUGACGUUGAAGGAGGACGCCAAGCCACGAAUCCUGGCAAAGCUCGAAGCGACAGAUGCCGAUAUAGGUCCCUACGGUCAAGUGGUUUACCAUUUCGCAAAUGACGUCGACCGAGACCUGUUUGGUUUGAGUACUACUAGAGAAAAAGCGGUCGUACGCUUAAUAGGCCCCUUGGAUUACGAAAAACAAACGGUCCACCAAAUCAAAGUUUUGGCGGUAGAUCGGGCCAAAGAAGGCAGGGUAAACACCGGAACCGCCGUUAUUUUGGUUAAAGUCGAAGACGUGGAGGACCAGCCUCCGGAAUUCGUAAAAGUCACACCGGUUGUUAGGUUAUCGGAAAACAGCCCGAUAGGUUCCCCAGUCUUGCAGGUGACCGCCGUGGAUGGCGACCGCGGAAUCAACAACAAAAUCCAGUACUACCUAUCCACCAAUAACCUAGAGCAAGUUGCAGACUUGUUCAACGUCGAAGAAGAUACAGGGAGGGUGGUGACCGCAGGGGUAAUAGACAGAGAGGCGCUGCCGUUGGGUUCCAGUUCUCACAUCCUGGAGAUUAUAGCUACGGAAGUGGGAGGCAGCAUAAAUCCGCAGCCGUAUGCGACUACCGAAGUCACCAUCAUCAUAACGGAUGAAAACGACGAAACCCCAUCUUUCGCAAACCCAUUUUACGAAUGCGAAAUCGCCGAGAACUCCCCUAGGAACACACCCGUGACUUUCUUGGGGAGCUCGUCGCCUGAGGUGUUUGAUUUCGAUCAGGGACUCAACGGUACCUUCCAGUUAUAUUUGAAGGGCGGUAGCGAAGUGUUCGAGUUGCUACCCAAACGAGUAACCAACGAAGCGACGUUCAGUAUCAAAGUCAAGAACAACACGGCUCUGGACUAUGAGAAAAUUCGACAAAUCAACUUCACGAUCGUGGCCAAAGAGGUCGUUAAAGACAACCCGAAAUUCAGCGAGGUGCCAGUCACCGUUCACGUCCUGGAUAGGAACGACAACUAUCCAGAGUUUACGACGAGUUAUUACGAGGUAUCCGUACCCGAAAAUUGCGAGGUAGGCACCACAGUAGCGUGGGUGCAAGCCCUCGAUGAAGAUUCCGAUAAUUUCGGUACUCUAGGAGUGCGGUAUACGAACAUUGCCGGAACCAUUGCCUAUAUGUUGGACAUUAAUCCCAUUUCCGGAAUUGUGACCGUGAAAAUUGAAGGUGGUCCGAACUGGGACCGGGAACAAAUCUCCAGACAUUUCCUCACGGUGGAAGCUCGAGAUGAUUUGGGUCACGGGAACCGCAACUCUGUACCCCUGAUCAUAAACUUAGAAGACGUCAACGACAACCCGCCCGUAUUCACCCAAAACAGGUACGAAGCGAGGGUGCUGGAAGGAAAAUUCAACUUUGAAAAUCCCCUGAACGUAGAAGCCAGAGACGCAGACCUUAACGGCACCAAGAACGCCGAAAUAGAGUACUACCUGUUUGGACCGUUCCACGAAAACUUCACCAUAGACUCCGUAACAGGCAAGAUUUCGUUAAAAGAGCCGCUCGAUUUUGAACUACUAGUAGGACCGCCAAAGGAAAACAUCAGAAUUUUGCCUUUGUCGGUUAGGGCGAGAGAUUGGGGUACCCCGAGCCUCUUCAGCGACGUAGAGCUGCUAGUUUAUGUGGAAGACAUCAAUGACCACACUCCCGUAUUUGAGGAAUCCUUCUACAACGUCAGCAUACCGGAAAACAUCACCGGUGGAACCGACAUUAUCCAAGUACAGGCCUAUGAUGAUGACGGCUCCUCGCCCAAUAACCGAGUGGUCUACCGGAUCCAAAGCGGAGCUCUGGAUAAAUUCGUUAUUGAUUCGGAAUCAGGUAUCAUCUCCGUGGCUCACGGAGCAAACUUGGAUCCGGAUUUAACGCAACCGAAGAAGAUGCAUUACUCGCUGAACGUCUUGGCUUUGGACGGGGGAAGUGGAGAUUAUCAACUCCAAGCUGCCGUGACGGUGGAAAUUUUAAUAACGGACAUUAAUAACAAAAGGCCGAAAAUUUCUCAGCCGUUCGAAGUACUCAUAAACGAAAAUUCUCCGGUAGGGGUACCCGUGACGAAAAUCAACGCGACUGACCUGGACGACUCUGCAGAUCUACGGUACACAAUCGACUCCGAUAAGUGCGAAGCCAAGAACGAGCUCGGGGUUGUGUUGAAACCCUCUGAGGUGAAUUGCUCUAGUUUCUUCUCGGUGAGUUCAAAGACUGGACUUAUCACCAUAGCACGACUGAUAGAUAGGGAGACGGUCGAGUCUUUUCGUUUAGGAGUGCUGGUUAGGGAUGAUAAUUCGGACACAGGCCCUCAGCAAGAUUCAGCCUUCAUCAAGAUCAAAGUUGAAGACAUUAACGACAACAGUCCCAAGUUCGAUCAGCCUUAUUACAAGUUUGCCGCGCAAGAGAACAGCAAAAUCGGGGUUCCAAUUGGAACCGUCAGGGCCUACGACGCGGAUAAAAAUAAAACCGUUACGUAUUCGCUAGACCAAAAGGGAUAUUAUCUGGGCCUAAUCCACUUGGACAACAACACCGGUAACAUCGUCGUAGCUCAUAAGGUCGACCACGAGGAAUUCCAGUGGCUAAAUUUUACCGUCAAGGCGACCGAUUCUGGCAUCCCGUCUAGAUCUAGUCGCGUGGAAGUCUUCGUUCAAGUGCUGGACGAAAACGAUAACAACCCGGUGUUUUUGCCCGAACCCAAGUGGUUGGUGAUACCCGAAGAUAUACCGGUCGGCACCGAGAUAGCGACAGUAAACGCGACAGACGCGGAUUCGGGAGAGUUCGGGAAAAUCACCUACUUCCUCGACAGACUGUCUUCCCACGAGAAGUUUCAAAUCGACAGCGAUACCGGGACCCUGAUAGUAACCGACGAGCUAGACAGAGAGGAAAACGACAAGUACCUGCUGAUAAUAGAAGCGUGGGAUAAUUACCAAUACGGAUUUAACAACGGGGAAAGUAGGAACGCUUUCAAGCAUCUAAACGUGACCAUUUUUGACGUGAACGACAACAGACCCCAUCUUCAUCAGGAAUCCAAAUGCGUCAAUAUAACUGAGUUUCAAGAACCCGGUGAACCGAUCACCAUCAUCCACGCGAGCGACGCUGACGAUCCCAACACAUCCAACGGCCAGGUGAUUAUAGAUAUAGCGGACGGUAAUCAAGACAAUUUGUUCGAAGUGGAUCAAAUAUCCGAUUGGUCCGCCGAAGUCAGACCAGUUUCUUCCCUCAGAGGGUUGCACGGGGACUAUACCCUGACGAUACGUGCCCAAGACUUGGGAACCCCGAGCUUCUUGGUCGAGAAACCAUUGAAAAUCUGCGUCGCAGACUACAACGACCACCCGCCGGUCUUCGUAUCACCUCCUCACAACUCCACACUGAGAGUUCCAGAGAAUGCUACAAUUGGAAGUGCACUUAUUCAAAUAAAGGCGACGGAUGAAGAUUUCGGGCCAAAUGGUGCUGUGAGGUACAGGUUGAAGUCGGAUCCGGCGGGACACUGGAAAACGUUCGAACUGCAACCCGUUUCCGGAAUUUUGGAACUGAAACUGCCGCUCGACAGGGACGUUCAGAAAAUUUACGACCUACGAAUCGAAGCGUACGAUUUGGGGAUCCCCACGUCUCUAAGUUCGGAUUUGGACUUGACGGUAUACGUCACGGACGUGCACGGCUACCAACCUCAGUUUCUAGUCGACGAAUUUGUCGUCGAAUUCACCGAGAAUACCAACCCGGGCGUGGAAUCGCGACGAUUGCCGAAAACUCUGGACAGAGACAAGUUCGAGUACGACGGUCCAGCGGCGCCAGUCUGCUACUUUAUUGUCGGCGGCAAUGAAAACGGGUUAUUUUAUUUAGACCCUUUCGACCAUACAAUUUCGAUUACCAGUACCCUGGACCGAGAAGAGACCGAUCUUCAUUUAAUAUUCGUAAAAGCGACAGAGAAUUGCGCGAACCCGCCGAAACCCCAAAACUCUUUCGACGCCAACGACGACACUCAAAUAAAAGUUAUCGUAAAGGUUUUGGACGUCAACGACAACCCGCCUAAAUUCACCAGGCGUAUAUUUACCGGAGGGGUGAGCACGGCGACCCCAUUCGGAACUAAUUUCAUGCAGGUCGCGGCAGAAGACCCGGACAGCGAUGAAAAUGCGAUAAUAUCGUAUUACAUAGUGGGCAAAGUGAAAAUGACCUUGACGGAAGGUCUGGACCACCUGUCUAGACCGCCGUUUAUCGUGGAGAGAGACACGGGCGCGGUCAGGCUCAACUUCGACCCUCAACAAGGUAUGAAGGGCUAUUUCGACUUCGCGGUGCUGGCCAACGACACGGCCGGGUUGCACGACACCGCCAGGGUUUUCAUUUACCUGUUGCGAGAAGAUCAGCGGGUCCGGUUCGUACUGAGACAGACGGCGCUUGAACUCAGGAACAACAUCGACGUGUUUAGAGAUGUUCUGGGUAAUGUGACCGGAGCAAUCGUAAACGUCGACGAAUUCCGAGUACACACGAAUCACGACGGUACCAUUGACAAAACCAGGACCGAUCUCUACUUGCACUUGGUCAACAGGAAAGACAAUUCGAUCCUGGAAGUCGCCGAGGUUUUGAGACUCGUCGACCAAAACACGGAAAAAUUGGACUCCCUCUUCAAGGAUUUUAACGUGUUGGAUACCCAACCUGGUGGCAUCAUGGCGUUGCAGUCGAAUUUGCAAAGCGGCGAGACCACCUUCUGGCUAUCGGCAGCUUCUUUAUGUCUUCUUCUCCUGUUAAUCUUGUGCCUCGCACUUUGCGUGAACCAACGACAAACGUACCACAGAAAAUUGAAAGCCGCGACAGCUACAGCGUACGUGCGAGCAGAGUCGGAUAUAGAUGGCAGAGGUCUAAGCAUUUUGAGCGGAAGAGUGCCCAAUACCAACAAGCAUAGCAUGGAAGGUAGCAACCCGAUGUGGCUGAAAGCAUACGAGACUGAAUGGUAUAAAAGUCCAGAUGACUUGAGUCAAACUUCUGAUCACGACUCGUUGGAUGAGAACGUGAUAUGCGGCGAACUGACGGACACUUGCGACAAUGACGAGCAGACGGAAGAGGAAAAACGGCAAAAUUUGUAUCAGACGCUUCCCGUGCCGAUGCCCAGAAAGCUAGAAACGACCGAACUGUAGAGGAAUUUAGCGCGUUUCUAGCAAAAGCCAAAAAUCGGUGUGCAAUAAUAGAAUACUAACAACACUUUCCACGAGAGCGUGCGUGCCAAAAAAAGAACGCGACCUAUGAAGUUGGCGCCUUACGAUCAACCAUACAACGAAAUAUCUUGCGAUAAGUUAAUGACAAUACGAAAACGCCACUGCCCGUUGAAUAAUCUUAACUUUUAAACAAUGCCUAGCCAUUAGAUAUUUAUACAUAUAUAUUUUAACGAAACAAUUGAGCAG